AUGUUUCGGAGAGAGCUUGGAAUUUGGAAGAGGCUGCGGCAUUCUAAUAUUCUGAAAUUCAUGGGUACUACUUCGGACUUUGGUUCCUCAGUAGCUUUGGUUGCUCCGUGGAUGACAAACGGCACUCUGACGUCGUUUCUCGACCUGAAUAAGGCCCUCGAGCUGCAUGAUCGUCUGCUUUUGCUUCGUGAUAUUGCUGCUGGCCUCAACUAUCACGGAUAUACGGACUUAAACCCUGUCGUUCAUGGAGACCUCACUGGUACCAACGUCCUCAUCGAUGGUGAUAGAAAGGCAUAUCUUGCAGAUUUUGGCCUUUCCGGAACUUUUAAACAGUCGACCGGCAUGACAUACCUCGCGAACAUGACUUGUCGUCCAGGAGCAGUGAGAUGGGCAGCUCCUGAACUUCUUUCCGGGGAAGAACCAGCUUCUGUAGCCACCACUCAAAGCGACAUGUAUUCCUUUGGUAACAUUAUGCUUCAAGUUUUGACGGGAAAUGUGCCCUGGUGUCACUUGACCCGUGACUUCCAGAUCACGUAUCAAGUGGUUAUUGAGGGGAGAAUCCAUCCCCGUCCACAUGAUGAUUACGUCACAGACCAGCAAUGGAAUUUUAUGACCCGCUGCUGGUCUAUGCCAUUUACUGAUCGGCCUCCUGCCAAGGAAGCAGUUCAAUUUGUUGAU